UAACAAUCAGUCUGUUUAAUUUGGCUGUUGCAGUAUUCAGCUUCAUCAUGGCUGGACACCUGCUGUUUGCCAUCCUCAUGAACAUGUUAUUUCUGACAGUUUCCUCUCAUGAGUAUCAAGUCCAAGCUCUUCUUCCACCAACUCUGACAGUGAACACAUCAGUGAUCUCAGAGACUGACUCAGUCACAUUACACUGUCAGGCACCAGCAUCUGCCUCAGUUCAUCACUGUUAUUUUUAUACUGGGGAGCAACAAAGUAACAAAGGCAACUCGUGUCUACAGACACUGACAGGAACUGAACUGCUGUUUAUGUCACAUCAGAGACCACCUGCUGAGGUCAAAGUCAGAUGCUUUUACACAGUGAAAUAUGGAGCUGUGAAUUCUCCUUCACCGCACAGUGACACAUCCUCCAUCACCAUACAAAUUUCCUCACCUGAGCUUCAAGGACAAGGUCAGAAACCAGAGAUGAGUGUUCAGCAUUUUAAUGGAGAAUAUGUUCUCAUCACAUGCUCUCUGCCUGGAUCUGUGAAAAAUGAUACAAGAUGUAAUUUGUACUUUGGAGAAGCAAGUCGUCCAGUCCUAAAUCAAACUGUCUCCAAGGAAAGCAGGAGAAAAACCAAACAGAGGUUCUGCCAGUUUUAUGUCCCAGUUGCUGAUUUUUUGAAGCAUCUACUUCUUGUUCAAAAAAAGGAUGCCAUCUUUGUCACCUCGCAGUGA